AUGGGAAUUAAACCUAAAGCUGGUAGUAAAGAGGAAUUAAAUUCUUGGAUCUUGGAUUAUGCAACACAGCAAUCUAAGGGUACUGAAGAGUCAACUUUCAAGUUAUCCUCAGCUACUGAAUCCAAAUCAGAGGAUGUCAGGAUUUUGCCACAUUUACCUAGAUUAUCCAUCUUUUCUGGAGAUGAUUCUCAGAAGUCACAUGUCAGUUUAGACAUCUGGAAGUUUGAGGAGGAGUCACAAGGUUUUAACAUCUUGGAUAAGAUAGAUUUCACAGGGACGUAUUUGGACGAAAAGGAUUUUGAUGGGAUGAGACAAUUAUUGCAGAAAUGGUCAUCAAUAUUUUCACACAGUGACAUUGGUGUGGAAUGUACUAAUUUGGUCGAACAUAAGAUUCAUCUUACUGACGCCAGAUACCUCCUGUUAUUGUCUUCUAAUAACUUCACAGGAUCAAGAGAAGAUAAGAACAUAACCAUUGAAGAAUUAGAAGAAUUCAAUGAAAUUUUAGAUAAAUUUGAUGUAGAAAUAUCAUCUGUAAAAGUUAAAAAUUCCUAG